ACGGGAAGCGCAGUCACCACGACUAACUCUCAUUAAGAUUAAGGAGAGCAACUAAUUAUUUUCACAGCUCUCUUUCCUCCCCUUGUUUGAAUUUCCCAACUCUUAUCAAUCGAGCACCUACAGCUCUGGUUCAGUCCCAAACUAAUCCAUCCGAAUCGCGAAGCGUCACACCACCACAGCCGUCGCAGCCACCGCCAGCGCCACCGCCACCACCACCUCCUCCAUCAUCGCCGACCGAUCCAAUCCAAAUAGGAGCAAGGAGCGUCACUUUUUGUUGUACGGACGUACGCUCCCUCCUUUCAACUUGUGCUAUGCCCGUGCUUUGUGCUUCCAAAAGAAACCCCCAUGGCCAUCCAUCUCUAUCCAAGCCACCCUAAUUUCUACGAGCAGGCAGCAUAGAAAUGAGGUGGAUAUACUUUGUUUAUGGAGUGCUACAACAAAGCCCACAUGAAGUGAAGCCACAAGUUUUUCCAGCAUGCGUGAAGAAGCGUCCUCAUGAGAAUCCAACCAUCCUAUCAUCAUCCAGGCCGUUUUACAGAUCUAACAUAAGCGUACCAAACCCAGUAAACACCUCAUUCAAUCCAUCGAAAGCCACCAGAACAGUGCUCUGUGGUUGUGUGGUUACCCAUUAGGGGUUCAAGGGGUGCAAUAAAAAAGACCAUCAAAGCACCAGUCAAACCAUAAACCAUUAAUCUAAGCAAGAAACAGUAGCUCAAAAUUAGUCGAUGUGCCUCUUUUGAGGCAGGUCUACGCUCUCCACAAAUAGUUUUUCCUCUGCUAAGAGUCAAAAGCUGGAGAUUUGAGGCAGGAAGAAGGAAACGGGGAGACCACUCCACAGACUGCCAAUCCAGACUGCAGCCCCCAAUACAACGAAGAGCUUGCCUCCAUCCAUCCGUCCGUCCAUCUAUCGGUCCCAUCACUUCCAGAAUCCACUCACCAUCAUGCAUUGCAAUAAAGCUUCCCUAUAAGCCUGAGGAAAAAAUCCACCCAAGCCAUAGAGAGCUCCAAUCGGAUCAGUGGAUGGACUGGAUGGAAGUCAGCCAGCCAAGCAGCCAGCCCACAAGCUCCAUGCACACACGCACACACCGAGGACGGUGGAGGACUAAGUCACUCUCACAAUUCAUAGGGGAGGCGUACCUCGAGUGAGAGAGUGAGGGAGUGUAUGUAUGUAAUAUUCGGUUGUUCUUCAGUUGUCACGGAGCUGUGGUGUGAGUGAGACCUCAUCCUAGGACUGGUGGCUUGGUUGGAACGAGUGGUCUUUGUGAGCGAGAAAGAGAGCUUGUACAAGUAGUGAACGUAUUCCUUCAGCGAGAUCUCAGAUCUGCAAAUCCGAGUAGUAGGACUUCAGGUAUUUAGGCGCCGUUCCUGAAUAUGGAUGAGGUAGAAUACACAGGGGAGUAUGUCCAAGCACAUGAGGACUUGGUCCUGGAUCACACGUGGUGGUGGGCUGUGCAGAUCUCAUUAUCCGUCGUGGCUUUGUUUGCCAACUUCAUCUUCCUCGUCACCGUCAUUUAUAACAGGAAACGUCAUGAUCUCCAAACUUUUGUCACGGCUAUCAUCAUCACCAUUGCUGUGCUCGACAUUGUGGAUGUGAUCCGGGUGCUGCCAGUCCUGGCGGAAUUUCUCUUCUUUGAGGAGAUCUUCAGGCACAUCUUUUGUUCAUUUGGGGUCUUUCACGAAUUGGCCGUGGCAGUAUUCCUGGUGAUCCUGAGUGUGGCAGUCUGUGUUCAGGCAGGAAAAGAAAUCAAAUUCUACCAAAGCAAAUCAUCAUGGAUUCAUAAGUUGAUGAUUCCAUUGGUCGUACUUUUGGCAGCGGGAGCAGCGGCUCCCUUCUUUCUUCUUCCAUAUGAGAGUUUGAGCCAUACAUGUACGGAUCCGUUCAGGGUCUUGAAUGUCACCAACAUGGAAUCCGAGGAGUUCAGCCUUGAUCUUUAUUCCACUUUGGUCAUGGUUUUCACCUACGUCUUGCCACUCCUGGUUAUCCCCAUAGCCGUGCCCAUUGCCUCUCUGAGGACUUGCAUUGGUCGACAAUGCUGUGUGUCGAGGUUUAAACAGCCCAUUGGAGAGUUAAUCAUGGUCACUUCCAUGAGUAUCAUCUAUCUGGCCACAGUGGUAUGUAUCAUCUUACCCAGGAUUGAUGACAUGUUAAAACUGGAAGCCGUUAAUCUGGGAAGAGCACCGUUGUUGUGGGAACUUGGGAAUGACGCCAUUCGACCUUUAAUCUACUUCAUGACCAACCCAGCCGUGUGGGAUGGACUUCAAAUUAUGUGCUGUAAGAAGAAAAACCGCUUGGUCAACGAAGACGACGAGGAAAUUGAAGUCCCUUUGAGUCCCGUGACCACUGUGUAACUGACCGGAGAAUAAAAAGUGGAGGACACUGUCAUUCAACCAUGUAAAGCUUAACACUAGAACUAGAAAUCUAUAUGUAAAUGCCUUCAGCCUGAAAAUUGCCAAGGAUCGCUUGUGUCAGAAUGAGACUCCCAAGAUUAACCGGCUUUGAUCAUGGAGCGUGGCUACAACACCAAAUAUGAAUGAUGUAAAAAGCUAAAUUGUACAAAAAUGGAUAUUACAUGAAAACCGACAACCAUAGCACACAAAAAUCCACAACCACCACAUAUGCAAUGUGUUUACAAGUAUGAUUGAUUGAUACAUCAGUACCUAACGAUUGUAGCAGAACUUAAUAAAUAUCAAUUUGUAUUUGUUGCCCCUC